AUGUCCCUUUACUCCACAGAUCAGAUUAACGAAUUUAAUAGCAACAAUUAUGUUCAGGUCAAGCCGAACAAAAUGAUACGUGCUGAACUUCUACAAAAAAAAAUCGCGCAGCAAAAGAAUCCACAAUAUAUUCGAACAAAGCCCAAUAAGAUAGUUCGAACCAGGCCUUUUCAGUCAGCUAUCAAUGUAGCCGCUGGGUCUGAUAGAGCCUCACCCGUAACUGUUUCUAUCAAAAUAGAUAAAGCUUCAUCCGUCACUGCUCCCAUUCAAGCGGACAACGAUAAAGUCCCAUCGGCUAUUAGAAAACCCUCCUCUCCCGUUGUCAGUUCGACGAGAGACUGUUCGAGCCAUCUUCGGCCACGCUUAAUCCCGCUCAGACCUCGCAUAAAACCCAAUAAUAAAUACACCCGACCAGACAUAGAUAAAAAGAAGAUCGAGAAAGAGGACAGCUCAAGAGCCCCUUAUUGCCAAUACUUCGAUAAGGAUAAAUAUUGUCCAUUGGGAGAGGAAUGCAAACUAAAACAUGAAUGGCGCCUCGCUAAUUUUGAUGAGGAUGAGAAUGAGCAGACAAAUGCAUCAUCAUCUGAUAGCAACGAACUUGGAAAACGUAAGCGGGAGGAUGAUUUAAAGAGGAAAAUUAGGAUCAGACAACCUGGAGAGGACAUAGACCCAUUCAAAGCGCAAUUCGACUACAUCUCAUUAGAAAAUUACCCUACUGAUCCUAAAUAG